AUGGCCGACAACAUCCUGGAGGACAGCAGCCAUGUUAUGCAUCAACCUGGCAUUCAAAAGCAACAACUGGAAACCACAGCCACCAAGGAUCAGUGUUACGUCUCUUCAACCAAGAGUGGCAGUAAACUCCCUAGCUUGAGUGAACUUUCCCAGCAGCCUUUGGAGACAAGGCACCAUUCUGAAGGACAGCAGAAGUCAAGUUUACCUUUUGAUAAGGAAAGAAUACUACGCUACAUUUUCAAUAUUCAAGUGAUCAACAAAAGUUACCUGCUCCUACGAAAUCUCACACUUGGUUAUAGCAUCCAUGACAAUUAUCGGAACACACUUGCGACUUCAGAUGCCUUGCUGGACAUACUCUCUACUGGAGAAACCAACGUUCCCAACUAUAGCUGUGGAAAGAAGGACAACCUUUUGGCUCUUAUUGAUGGAGCUAAGAGGGAUAUCUCCAUCCAGAUGUCAACAUUAGUAGGUCCCUACAAAAUCCCUCAGGCUAAGAGCAACUCCUUUAAUCUCUUCCUUGGCUUCAUUAAAGAUACAGAAAAAUGCACCAAGUGUCCAGAUGAUAAAUACCCAAAUGAGAAGAGAGUCCAAUGCAUCCCCAAAGUUAUUUCCUUCCUCUCUUAUGAAGAACAUCUGGCCAUCAUUCUGGUCUCCUCUGCCCUACUCUUGUUCCUAACUACAGGAUUUAUUUUAAUCAUAUUCCUUCAAUACCUAGAAACUCCCAUUGUCAAAGCCAACAACCGGGACCUCUCCUUCAUUCUCCUGAUCUCCCUCUUCCUUUGCUUCUUGUCUCCUUUUCUUUUCAUUGGUCAACCAAGGAAAGCCACCUGCCUUCUCCGACAAGCAGUGUUCAGCAUCAUAUUCUCCAUUGCUAUUUCUUCUCUCUUGGCCAAAACAAUCACAGUGGUGCUAGCUUUCCUGGCCACAAAACCAGGAAACCGAAUGAAGAGAUGGUUGGGGAAGAGCUUGGCCAACUCCAUCAUCCUUUCUUGUUCUGCUGUCCAAAUUAUCAUCUGCUGCAUCUGGCUUGGAGUUUGUCCACCAUUCCCUGACUCUGACUUCCACUCCCAGCCUGGAGAAAUCAUCCUGCAAUGCAAUGAAGGUUCUGUUGUCAUGUUCUAUACCACACUCAGCUACCUGGGCUUCCUGGCUGCCAUCUGCUUCACGGUGGCUUUCCUGGGGAGGAAUCUGCCUGGGACUUUCAACGAAGCAAAGUUGAUCACAUUCAGCAUGCUAGUCUUCUGCAGCGUAUGGAUAACUUUUGUGCCCAGUUACUUAAGCACCAAAGGGAAAUACAUGGUGGCUGUGCAGAUCUUUUCUAUCUUGGUCUCUAGUGCUGGUCUGCUGGGCUGCAUCUUCAUCCCCAAGUGCUACAUUAUCAUUCUGAGGCCGGACCUGAAUACAAAGGAGCAGCUUAUGACCAGAAGAAAUGUAAAAACAUGA